CGGGCGCCGGACCCCCAGGCGGAGCGACAGGUCUCGGGCCCUCAGGCGGCGGCGGGCGCCGGACCCCCAGGUGGAGCGACAGGUCUCGGGCCCUCAGGCGGAGCGGCGGGCGCCGGACCCCCAGGUGGAGCGACAGGUCUCGGGCCCUCAGGCGGAGCGGCGGGCGCCGAACCCCCAGGCGGAGCAGCGGGCACCGAGUCACCAGGCACGACAGUGGGCUCCGAGUCAACUGGCAUGACCGCUGGCACUAGGUCAGACAUUGGAUCGUCUGGCUGGACAGCGGGCAUCGGGUCACCAGGCAUCAGGUCAUUUGGCUCGACCGCGGGCACCGCGUCAUCUGGCAAGGCAGUGGGCUCCGAGUCAACUGGUAUGACCGCGGGCACUGGGUCAGACAUUGGAUCGUCUGACUGGACAGCGGGCAUCGGGUCACCAGGCAUCAAGUCAUUUGGCUUGACAGCGAGCACCGGAUCAGGUACCGGAUCAUCUGGAUCAACAGCGGGCAUCGAGUCA